AUGGCUCUUACAUGGACAAAGAGGAACGACUCAGAUCGUCUGUCUGUUGUUUCCUCUGAAAAGAAAGAACAAGUCACCGUUAUCAAUACGGAAAUCAAUGACUUAGAAUCUUCAAGCUCAGAAAAUGAAGACCAUAUCUUCCAAGACCCUAUUAUCGCUGAACACUAUAAACAACUUUAUGAAGAAACCCAGUACGAGUGUCGUCAUCACUUUGAUCCAGAGUUUACUUGGACUGCAGAAGAAGAGAAGAAGGUAGUCAGAAAAAGUGACUGGUAUGUCACUCUCUGGGCUUUGAUCAUGUUUACUGCGUUAGAUUUUGAUAGAGGAAACAUGUCUCAAGCUCUCUCGGACAACUUUCUUACUGAUAUUGGUAUUGAUACAAAUCAAAUGAAUCUUGGUAGUACUAUCAAUCUUAUUUGCUUCUUGAGUGCUGAAUUGCCUUCGCAGUUAAUCUCCAAGAAGAUUGGUGCUGAUGUCUGGAUUCCAAUGCAAAUGAUCUUGUGGUCGGUUGUGUCGAUGUCACAAUUUGCUAUUAAAGACGCUCGUGGUUUCUAUGCCACCAGAGCCCUUUUAGGUGCUUUACAAGGUGGUUUCAUUUGUGAUGUUUGUCUCUGGAUGAGCUAUUUCUUUACUUCUAAAGAAUUGCCUUUGAGGUUGGCUAUUUUCUAUAUUGCCAAUCCCAUGACUGUUGUCUGGUCCAGUUUGCUUGCUUUUGCUUUAUUGAAGGUCAAGACAGAUUCCACUCCUGAAAGUUGGAGAUGGUUGUUCUUAAUUGAAGGUGCUUUCACAUUGGUGGUUGGAAUUGCUGCUUUUUUCAAGAUGCCUGCCUCUUCUGUGCAAACGAAGGCUUGGUACAGAAAGAAGGGUUGGUAUACUGACAGAGAGGAGAAGAUUGUUGUCAAUAGGGUGUUGAGAGAUGAUCCUGAAAAGGGAAGUAUGCACAAUCGUGAACCUGUUGGUCCAAAAGAAUUACUCACAGCUGUUUUCGAUGUGAAUCUUUUACCAAUUUAUAUUAUCCGUAUUCUUGGUGAUAUCGGAACUGCACCAAUUUCAAGUUAUCUUCAGUUGGUUCUUAGAGGUAUGGGUUAUUCAACCUUCAAAACAAAUGCUUUAACUAUUCCUUACAACUUAAUUUCUGUUGUAACUUUGGUGUUCACUGGUUGGCUCACCGAAAAAGUGAAGAGUAGAGCAUUUGUAAUUGCAACCACUCCUAUUUGGAUUCUCGCUGGUCUUUUCCCAUUGAGAUUUUGGCCCAAUGCACAAAAAGAUAUCUGGGGUACAUUUGCACUUUUAACAGUUCUUCUUGGUCACUCGCCGGUAUGUCACAUCACUAUUUCUUGGUGUUCUGCAAAUUCCAAUGGUGUUAGGAGUAGAGCAGUUUCGGCAGCUGUCGUCAAUAUUGUCUCACAAGCAGCUUCAAUUAUUUCUGCUAACAUCUAUAGAAAAGAUGAUGCACCACUUUAUCAUCGUGGUAACACUGAUCUUAUCGGUAUUGCAUUUGGAGCUCUAUUUGCCUGUAUCCUUGCCAGACAGUAUUAUAUCUGGAUUAAUAAAAAUAGAGAGAAGAAGUGGAAUGCCAUGACUAUUGAGGAAAGGGAAGAAUACUUGCGUAAUCCUCCUCAUGAUGGUAACAAGAGAUUAGAUUUCAGAUUCGUAUACUGA